CUUGUUCCUCCGUUCUUUGCAUCACUAUUGAAAUGGCAUUCUGUGUCCUGCAUUGACUUCUGUAUUAGAGCUAAUGUUGUGCGAAGCCUCCCACAUAGUCCUUCGAAAUCUAACCGCCCGAUCCGCUAAGCCGCUUAAUCAGUAGGAUCGCAAUUAGCUUCUCUAAGGGCUAUUUGAGAGCUAUAACACUAUAACUCACCUAACCACUGCUGGGCCGAUCCGAUUGCGGGAGUGCACCUGACGUCCCGGAGGGCCUGCGCGAAGAGAUACGACGAGAAGAUUAGCAACGAUAUGACCGUAAGAGAAAACUACUCUAAGUUGACAUCACAAUCUCCACGGAUGAAGGCUAAACUCGUAAACGCAACCUCGACGACGCUGAGUGCGCUUAAUAUUCCAGGCUACCACGAUGACGCAGUGAAAGAUUACGUCAGGUAUCUGCAAGGCCAAGUUCGUAAUGAACGUCAUCAAGCUGAAUUCGAAAAGGCCGGUGAUAUCGUCCUGGAGGACUUCAUGGAUCUUGAUCAAGUCUAAAGAAAAUAUACUGCUGACUUCUUUACCGCACGAGAUAUAAAACAAAACCCAGCAGACUAAUUCGUCAGGGAUAUUCCCGCCUUCAUCGAACACGAGAAAGCGAAAGAAGAUUGAUUACAGUUCUAAAAGGAGUAAUUGAAUGUGCGGUAGGGUGUUUAUUAUUUUAUAUUGUACUGUACUAGUUAAGGAC